ACGACCUGCAAUGGUUAAGUCAUCUCCCGAAACAGCCGAAAAGUGGGACCUGCGUAAUUUCCCCUCUCCGCCCGAUUACAUGAUGAUAGACUUCAGCAACCUCAUGAUACUACCUCCAGCAUCAUUUCCCUCUCCACACUUUACUCUCGUCUGCCAUACCUUGGCCUGCUAGUUGCUUUUUCAAAGCUGUCAGGUCUCCGAGGUUCUCCCUAGUGCUGAGUCUCGAGGAAGGCGCACAAGUUUCCUCGAGCUACAAUUGCAACAUGCCUCGGUGGAAGCGCAGUAAACCGCGCUCUGAUAAAGACCUAGCAGCCAACGGUGGUUCUGCUGUCCCGUCCGACAUUCCUGUUGCCCAUUCGACAGCCAUCGCCUCCCUCCGCGCUGUCAGUGGCAGCUCUCCAGACUCAAUGAAAGGCGCAGCAUAUGCUAAAGCGCCAGAUCCUGAAGCGAUCCGCAAGCUAGCGAAGCAGCACGCCGAGUUCGGGCCUCUCGGCGAUCCGUCGCAUCUUUAUACCAGCGAACAUCCCGGGGGAGAGAUCCCCGAUCCUGUCAUUGAUGAACCGCCGUAUUUCUUCGUCUUGACAACCUAUGUCAGCUUCCUCGUUCUCAUCUUCCUCGGCCAUUUCCACGACUUCUGUGCCCAGUGGUUCCGGUCUCACUCCUAUCGGCACCUGAAGCCCCAGAACGGGUACGCCUCGCUAUACAGUGAUUUUGAGAGCUUUUACACGCGUCGGUUGAAGCAGAGGAUCAAUGACUGCUUCGAGCGGCCGAUCACCGGCGUACCCGGCAGACACGUAACCCUCCUCGAUCGGACCACCGAAGAUAACCUGCAUUUCAGCUUCACCGGCACGACCACCGAUACCCUGAAUCUCAGCUCCUAUAACUACCUUGGGUUUGCUCAGUCUGAGGGGCCCUGUACCGACUUUGCGGAGGAGACCCUCCGAAGGGACGGUAUUUCCAUCGCCGGAACCCCUGACGCGGGGAUCACUAAGUUGCAUGCUGAGGUCGAGGAUCAGAUCGCCCGGUUUGUCGGGAAGGAGUCUGCGAUGGUCUUCUCUAUGGGCUUUGUCACCAACGCUACGAUCUUCCCGGCUAUUAUGGAAAAGGGGUGCUUGAUUUUGUCUGAUGAGCUUAAUCAUGCAUCCAUCCGGUUUGGCGCCCGUCUGUCGGGCGCAGCGAUUCAGGUCUUCGCGCAUAACAAUAUGGCGGAUCUGGAGAAGCGCCUGAGGGAGGCGAUAUCACAAGGUCAGCCGCGCACUCACCGGCCCUGGAAGAAGAUUCUUGUCACCGUGGAGGGUCUAUUCUCAAUGGAAGGCACAAUGUGCAACCUUCCAAGGAUUCUGGAGCUGAAAAAGAAAUACAAGUUCCAUCUGUUUGUUGACGAGGCUCACUCGAUUGGAGCGGUUGGGCGUCAUGGACGCGGUGUGUGUGACUAUUUCCGGGUCGACCCUGCAGAGGUCGAGAUUCUGAUGGGUACUUUCACCAAGUCCUUCGGAGCUAAUGGGGGCUAUAUUGCCGCCGAUAAGGCGAUCAUCGAAAAAGUACGCUGCAUCAAUGCUGGUCAGGUUUACGGAGAAGCUCCAUCCCUGCCUGUUCUGGCGCAGAUCUAUUCCUCGCUACGACUUAUCGCCGAUGAGGACCCCCUUCACCCAGGCGAGGGAAGGGAGCGUAUGCAGCGUCUAGCGUUUAACUCCCGUUACUUACGACUCGGACUGAAGCGACUUGGUUUCAUUGUCUAUGGACACGAUGACUCGCCUAUUGUUCCUCUGAUGCUGUACAACCCUGCCAAGAUGCCUGCCUUCUCUCGCGAAAUGCUGCGCCGAAAGAUCUCCGUUGUUGUUGUGACCUACCCUGCUACACCUCUUGAGCUCUCGCGUGCCCGACUGUGCGUUUCGGCUGCGCACACCAAGGAUGACCUCGAUCGCAUCCUGCAGGUGUGCGAUGAGAUCGGCGAUGCGCUGGAGCUCAAGUUCUCUUCCGGAGUUGCGGGUGGCCUGAAAGAGCCCCUCUCCCUCGAGGAGGGUCCCAAUGGAUGCCACAAAGCUAUUGAGCCUCCUCGCUGGACUCUCGAGGAAGUCAUUGCGAGGGGUACGCGCGACGCCAAACUGCCUUUCUACUAGACACAAGCUGGCACGUUGUCGAUGUGAAUGGUGCGAUGGAAGACAGCACGUCUUCCGUUUUGUAUAAUGC